AUGGCUGCGACUCUCACCACUGUAAGAAAUCCCAUUUUCCACACUCACCAUUACCAACUCCACAAGCACUUCACAGCACCCUCUUCCUUACGCCUCCUCAAUUUCGCAAAGAUGGAAGGAAGUGAGAUCGGUGAGCAAGUGGGGGAGGAUUUCAGAACCAAGAAGAAAAUUUUUGUUGCUGGAGCUACUGGUAGCACUGGGAAAAGAAUCGUUGAGCAGUUACUGGCAAAGGGUUUUGCUGUUAAGGCUGGGGUUAGAGAUUUGGCCAAGGCCAGGUCCACCCUUUCUUCUGCCAACCCAUCUCUUCAAAUUGUAAAAGCUGAUGUCACAGAGGGGUCUGAAAAGAUAGCUGAAGCCAUUGGUGAUGAUUCAGAAGCUGUGGUAUGUGCCACAGGGUUUCGGCCGGGGUGGGAUUUGCUAGCUCCGUGGAAGGUUGACAAUUUUGGUACUGUAAACCUUGUUGAAGCUUGCAGGAAACGUAAUGUCAACAGAUUCAUUCUUGUCAGUUCUAUUUUAGUUAAUGGAGCAUCCAUGGGACAGCUACUCAAUCCGGCUUACAUCUUUCUUAAUGUUUUUGGACUCACCUUAGUAGCAAAACUACAGGCAGAGAAUUAUAUCAGGAAAUCUGGUAUAAACUACACAAUUAUAAGACCAGGCGGGUUGAGAAAUGAUCCUCCUACUGGCAAUGUUGUUAUGGAGCCAGAGGACACCCUUUAUGAAGGUUCUAUAUCCAGAGAUCAAGUUGCUGAAGUAGCUGUGGAGGCAUUGGCUUAUCCUGAGGCAUCUUAUAAAGUUGUGGAAAUUGUGUCUCGCCCAGAUGCUCCUAAGCGUUCAUACCAUGACCUUUUUGGUUCCAUAAGCCAUCGAUGA